AUGUCAGUCAGUCAGUCAAUCGAGUUGAACGGAACAUUUGCCCAUCUCUGUUGUGAACAAGUCAGAAUAUUGUUAAAUAGUUAUUGUAGUCCUCAAGCACAAAUAGCUCCAGAUAUUAUAUUGAGAUUAAGAAAUAUUGAAGUGGGACACCUUGCAUUUAAAACGAAAGAUUCAACAAUGGCUCGUGGUCGAAGGAUCGAUGUUUGUCUAACGUAUAAAGAAAUGAUAGCGUUUAUGAAGAGAAUAACAAAUGAAAGCGGAACGAGUGAAUGGGUCCUUUGUUCCUCAAAAAAACAGUUUGAAGGAAAGAAAAUAAUGGCUAUCAGUCAAUUAGAAGCCUGA